AAGACGAAGAAGAAAAGGGCAUUUUCCCAGUAUGGCGGACUAUAAGGAGGCGCCCUUGGCUUCUCGGCCAAAAACAUUGGACCCAGCGCAAUAUUUCAAUCUCUCACAGGCUCAGAGACGAUCCGAGGAGGAGCGGGCGGCACUGAAAGCCCAACUCAAGAGACAGUACCAGCUGCAGCUGAACAAUCCUCUCCGAAAAGAAUUAAUCGACGACCCAGCUCUAACACGCUGGACGUAUGCACGCACCAAUGUCUACCCUCACUUCCGGCCGACAGCGAAGACUUCAUUAGUGGGAGCAUUGUUUGGGGUUGUGCCCUUGUUCUUCUGGUACUUCGUUUUCAAGACAGACAGAGACAAGAAAGAAGAGUUGAUUAAAGCAGGGAAAUAUGAUCGCCGAUUCCAGCUCUCCUAUUGAUGACAUACCAUAGACUUUUAAAACAACUCGUCAAUGCUUAUAACUGAAUGGAAAAAAACUAUAUAAAUAAAUGUAAUUAUUGCCCAAAA